UUUUGGGCUUUUCCUCUGUCUUCUGUGGUUCGCAACUUCCGGUUUCGCCUCUUGCAUUUCAAGCUUCCUUGCCGCCUCACCCUCAAUCACAUUGUCCCAGUCUACUUUCCUUCGCCUCUUUGCCUUCUUUGCCUCGCAGAACCCGAAUCUGCCUCUCAUUUUCUUUAUGCUUGUCCUAGGAAACGGCCUAUGUGGUUG